CAUGGAGGAUAGUAGAACAGUUAAAGUUUAUAUCGUUAAGAACAAGAAAUCACCAGAAAUACCAGCAACUUUUGGAAAAUGUUUACUAGCCGAACUCGGAUGGACAGAGAGACAAGGUCACUGCGAAAUGGAAAUUUAUGCAAAAAUUACUUGUAAUAAGUUAGUACUGAGCAAACAUAGAUUUUACGACGCAGCUAAAGUUCAAUUGCAUCAUAAUUAUCCAUGUAACGCUUGGGAUCAUUCUCACAUUGAUGCGAAGACUAUACACAACAGAAAAUAUGUUACUGUAAGAUUAAAUGUGUUAAUGGAAACUGCAGAGAAUAAAAUUUUACUGCAAAGGAAAAGUUUAGCAAAUUAUAUUUAUCCUUUAACAUGGACUUUACCAGGAGAUUCUCUAGAGGCAAACGAAACUGUAUGGGAAUGUGCUUUGAAAAAUUUCAAGUAUAAUUGCGGUAUCCAAUUAAAUAAAGACCUUCUACAUGAUGUUAAUUUACCAUUAUUAUAUAUUUGGGAAUCGAUAUAUCCAUUCAAUUCUACUGAAGGCUAUCCAAUACGGCACGAUGCAAUAGUAUUUACUUGGUUAAAGUUAAAAGAUUGUCAACAAAUUAGAGAAUUAUCAUUAAAUUUUCAACCUGAUUUGGAUUAUUUCGACGCAUUUUCAUUCGUUAAUGUUGAGCUCGUUGCUUCACUUUUAGUAAGAAAUAAAUUACCUAAUCUUACUUCCGGUGUUAUGAAUUUAUCGAAGGACCUGAAUAAAUUCUUCAAGUAA